ACGGAACUAACGACAUUGUGGAAUGUUUCCGGACGUGCCGAAUUAACGACGGCUUGUGUUGCUGAAAGGAGAUAUAUCUCGUAGCUUUCGAUGUUUUUGGUGAAAUUCUGUAACUACAUAGUUAUAUUUGAUUUACAACUUUGGUUAUGACUAACGUGUGGUUAUUACAAUAAGAUAUAUAAAUGAGAUCACCCAUACCAACCUUCUGAUUCCAAGGAUCUUCAACCCGACAUGGAGGUGGAAAUGCCGGAAGUGAGCACAGUGGUGACCAGACAGGAGGUUUUUGGGAACACAGAGAAUAAUCUUCCCAGGAGACCUCAUCAGUGUGUAACAUGUUCCAAAAGCUUCUCAGCUCCCUCCAAGCUGCGGAGACACAUCCUCUCACACACAGGACAAAGACCCUUCGGUUGCCACUUCUGUGAAAAAGCGUAUCGUCAGUUAGCUCACUUGAAACUCCAUAUCAACUCACACUUUGCUCAGAGACCUUUAAGGAGAAUUAAUACAGGUUCUGACUCGCAUAGAAUUGACCCUGAGAAGGUAUUUCCAAAAAGGACAGAGACAUGUUUGCCCGGAGACUCAUCAAAUGGACUCAAUGGAGAGGACACAUUUGCAACUACUAGUGUCAGUCCAACUGCUUGCUACAACAGCAUGCCAGACAGUACUCUGGGUUCCUCCCAUGUCAGUCAACACCAUCUUUCAAUAGUCCCGUCUCUUCAUCCUGAAAUGGAAAGCUUUGGGUCACUGCCCAUACACGUGGAACCAGUGAGUGGCCAAGGCUCAAAUGUAUCCUGUAAACAUACUGUGGAUGAGGACACAUCUGGCCCAGAUGAAACCGUUGUCAAAGAUGUUCAGAAAUCGAACUGUCCAAGGACAGUCCAUCAAUGUCCUGAAUGCUUCAAGUGCUUCAGCGCUCCAUCCAAACUGAAGAGACACUGCCUCAUUCAUACGGGUCAGAGACCAUUUCACUGUACAAUUUGCUGCAGUUCCUUCAGACAGCUCUCCCACCUGAAGGCACACUCUACUGUUCACUCUGUGUAUGCCAAAAAGAGAAGUCCUUCACAGCCAAAACGAAAAUCUUUCGCACAACCCCAGAGAUCUCAAACUUGGCCAAGGAACUAUGUAUGCAACAUGUGUGGGAAGAAAUACAGACAGAUGAGACAUUUGAUCGUCCACCAGCAAACUCAUAAAGUUCCAGAGAUCUCUUUACACCUUGUUAAGCAGAAAGAUAGAUGUAUUCCUUACCCUUUAGCUCAAGGAGACGCUGCUUCUCAAGUCCCGUCUGAUUCACAGAACUCUGAAAGUUCUGCAAUACUUAAUAUGGAUGCUAAUGAGACACAGCAACUUAGUGAUCAAACACAAAAAGAUGAUUCUCCAGGUGACUGCUCAUCAGAGAAACAUCAGAACACAACAAGGCAUAAUCGCAAGGAGAACAGUGAAAAAAGACAGACGUCCUCUUUGACAAAAAAGGUCAAGGUGAAUCAAUGCAUGGUGUGUCAGAAGACAUUUGAAUAUCCAUCCAAGCUGUCCAGACAUUUGCUUGUCCACAUGGGCAUCAAGCCCUUCAGAUGUCAGGUUUGUAGUAAGUCCUUCAGACAGCUUUGUCACCUGCACAACCACCAGAAGAUUCACACUUUAAAAAGUGGCCUCAAUCUUACAAAACAGGUGAAAAAUAAACCUGCGUCUGAGAUGAAGAGAAAAAAGAAUCAACAGUCAGACUCGGAACCUCUGAAAACCAACCCAGACUUAAAACAUGACAGUGACCAGCGCUCAACUGAAGGUCUGUACAGUCAUGCUACUAAAAUCCCUGCCUGGAGCUACAAUGGAAAUAUGUUGCCUGGACUGGACUGCAGUACUGUGGACACACAUUUCUCUGGGGAACUAGUUUCUCAAAGGCCAGUCCAAAAUACUGACUAUAGAAACAGUAGCCAGGCUUUUGAUGCCAGACCUGCACAUGAAAUGCCUAAGCGAAGGAAACUUGGCUCACAAAACAAACCAGUUCUUGGUCGGGGGCAGGGUUAUUGUUGCCCUGUAUGUUCAAAACACUUCAGCGCCCCGUCCAAACUUCGGCGGCAUUCCCUGACUCAUGUUGGACAGAGGUCCUUUCAGUGUCCUGUUUGCUUCAAAACCUUUAAGCAAAGUGCUCAUUUGCAGACACACAUGGCUUUCCACAAUGAAGGGGAUGAGGCUGAAUUCUCUCCCGGUCUAAGUGAGGAAAGAGAGACUGAACCUUUACUGAGUCAGGAGGAGUACCACUGUCCUACAGAUGUGAAAUACUCCAUUAGUCCCCUGAAAGAUAAAGAGACAGAACCUGUAUGUGAACAAAGUUCCUCAAAUGGCAAGGACCUCCUCGCGACAGACCCAGCAACUUCAGCAGGUCACGCCACAAUAAGCAGCCCGGAAAACAAAUCAGUCAAGUCCACUUCACAGAGUAGAUCAAGGGGCUACCAGUGUGCGCUGUGCUUGAAGAAGUUUGAAUAUCCAUCCAAGCUGUCCAGACAUCUGCUCAUCCACAUGGGCAUCAAGCCCUUCAGAUGUCAGGUUUGUAGUAAGUCCUUCAGGCAGCUCUGCCAUCUACAGAACCACCAGAAGGUUCACAAUAGGAGCUCUUGGCACGAGGGUCAACCAAACGAAGCGGACAUGUCAUUGUUGGCUCAACAGGACCAGAGGUCCUCCAAUGAAGACUCUGUUCCAGAGAGACAUGUUGAUUACCCCACAGCGCCUCACCAAGACGAAGCGGGCACUGAUGAGACGUAUGGCGACCAGCAGAGGAAUUGUCCACAUUACGAACAAAGUGUUGAUGAGUCAUAUCCCCAGUAUUGCCCAUCAGGUCCAUCCAACUUGGAUAACUUACAUUUGUCAUUCGACUAUGACUCUACUCUCCAUCCUAAGGCAGAGGAUGCCAAUCACAUUAAGUCAGAAAGCAACUGCAGACCAGAUCAGAAAUGUAUCUCAACUUCCAAAUCGGACAAGAGCACCUGGCAUAUGGCAGAGGAAAAACAUGCGGAAAUCCCUUCAGAUGAAUACAAUGAACAGGAACACCAUACCCAGUUUCAAACCCCUUAUUUCAAUCAACAAGAAACGGCACAUAAUGACCAUAUGCAUCCAAUCCCUAGCCACCAUGCUCCUCUUGUGAAUGACCAUAGCCUGGCUGAAUCUCAUGAAAUACCUCACGAUUCAGAUCACAAGCUGUACCUUUACCAGUCCACCAUGACUCCGCCGUACUGUCACACAGACUAUGGGGUUAAAGAAGAAAGGAUGGAGGUCAGAUUAAGGUCCGAGGUGAAUCUUGCCUACAUGUCAGACCCACCCAAAGAUCUCCACGUCUGCCCAGGCUGUAGUCAGUGUUUCACCACCAAAAGGAAGCUCUCCCUCCACAAGUGUGACCAGAAACCCUCAGAGAAAGAAAGACACUCAAGCUCCUAUCAGUGUGCCAUCUGCUAUAAAAGCUUUGAGGCACCCUCUAAAUUGAAAAGACACUACCUGAUCCACACAGGCCAGAGGCCAUUUCAGUGUAGCGUGUGUGAGAAGGCUUUCACCCAGUCUGGUCAUCUGAAGACCCACCUGCAGACCCACAAGUAAAGCAUCUCAGCGUCCGCUCUGGAUGCCUGGACUGUUACUGUUAGGAACCUUAUACUUUAUCUCGGUUUGCCUUUUAUAUAUGUUUGAUUCUACAUAACUCUGGAGCAGAUGGAGACUUUUGUGUGUUCUAUGCAUUUUAAUCAGCAUAUUUGAGUAUUAAUACGCUUGUACAUAGAGUAAUUGAUAUUUAGGUACUUACUCUUGUGAACUGUGAUGAUUUCAUAUUGGCUAUUUUAUAUUGGUGUAAUGUACAAUAUCUAUUGUUUAUUUUCACAGAACUAGGGUACGGUUGCCUAUGAAGUGCCAUGUUUGUGACAUCAGUUUAGUUUGUAGUUCAACUACUCUGCACAAGAUGGCAGCAACGCGUUGCAUUUUGGUUUGGUGAAAUGUGCGGAACAGGAUGGUUGAAUAUCUCUGAUGUUCAGUGAUUGUUGAAGAUGCUUUUGUGUGAGGUGCAAAAAAACACAGUUAUUGCAGUUUGUUCAAGCCUGUGUUGUGGUGAUUUGGGAUAUGUGGGUAAAUCAUGUUUUACAUAUUGUGUCCAAGCCUGUUCACUCUGUGGGACUUAAUGCCCCUCAGUCAUUUUUGAGAUGAUAAUCCUUAUAAAAUGUAUCUAAAUAUGAUGAUAUUUACAUCUUCAUUGGGCUCUCUCCAAUUAUAGUUUUGGAACAUCUCAGAGGCAGUAUUUGUGUUUGUGCCAUUAUACCCAAACCUUGUGAAUGACAUAUUCAUUUAGAUACAGGUAUAAGCAGUCCUUUACUUCACAGCUCUAGAAUACAUUAAUAACUUGUGAUUAAUGCUAUACAGACAUGCAUUCUUUAUAAAUGUGCUUUAAAGUCCA